GGCGAAGAUUCGUGACGACGCGACGAUGGACGCCGAGUUGAUGUCGCUCGAACGUCGCCUGGCCGACCUCUACGGCGCCGUAGGCAUGCUCUCUAAGACGGAAGACGCGCCGUCAGUGCACGUGCGUCUGCAUGAGCUUUCUGAAAAGCUCCAUCAGAUCGAGAACCGCAUCGACCCGCCCAACCUUGGUCCCUUGCACCUCGCAUACGAGCAGAACAAGAAGCUAUUGGCGCCAGGUUUCCUCGGAGAGCUCAAGCUCCAAUCACACCCAGCAUCGGGGAACCUUGAACAAACUACCAAGACCAUCGUCUUGACGUCCCACGACAUGGUCCAGACGAUGUCGACCGAGGCGCAGAAGAUCCAGGAGCUUGAACGCUUCGUGACACUGCCCACGAUUGCGCCAGAGUCACACACAAUCUUGUCGCGUGCCGAAACAUCCAACUUGAUUUUGGCCCAGCAGGUUAUGGCGCGGCAUGCACAAGUCGAGGCCCUGCUCCUGCGCUACUCGCACGUCAUGGGGAAUCUCUCAAAGAAGUUUCAGCUGUAUGACCAAGUCCUUUCGCAGCUCGAAGGCAGCCACUAAGAUCUUUGUAUCAAGCCGACGGCUCUGCGUCCUCGUAUAUGCGCACAACCGACGACACGUCGCAUGGAAGGCGCGUGACGGGGCACUCGCCGUGGUCGAUCACAUACUCGUAAAUGCACGGAUAGCAAAACACAAAGCCUGAGAUGCAG